GUUAAUAUAUACGUGGUAGGUAAGCUUUAAUGGCCAUGACCUUCAUCGCCAACAGCGACAUUCGGUCUCAGAAACCCAAUCAAUAAUAUACAGAACUCAAAUCUUCAUACUAGACGCUAACCACGGCUAAAUGUCGUCGUGCUUCCAAACAAUACGACGGAAUCUAUUUCUCCGUCGUUGGGGAAAUCUCCACACACAGCAUAAUGUUUUCAAGGAGCACAGAAUAAAUACCCGAUUCGACGCCGAUGUCACUUUUUACUUGGGCAAUUCGUCGUCUUGGCAUCCAAUGUACUCUCACCGGAGGGAGCAUACUAUAUCCUGAUAUUCGCGAAUGAUGCUGGCGAAAAUGAGAUUCACGUUACUAUCCGCCGUGCUAUGGGCGACGACAUGCGUAGUCGGGUCCCCGCUAGAUGUCACAAAGUUAGAGAAGAGACAAGAUGCUGAUUCUCACUGGGUCGCUACGUGGACGUCGAUGCCACAGCUGGUUGAACAGAACAACCUGCCUCCGUCUCCCUUCACGGGAUCAGGCGUUUUCAAGGACGCCACGCUUAGACAAACACUGCACAUGUCCAUCGGAGCCGAGAGAAUUCGUAUCCAGAUCUCCAACACGUUUGGUGGAAGUGUGUUGCCUAUCACAGCCGCAUCCCUAGCUUUUCCCACAGGUGGAGAGGCAGGCGUCAAUGGCAUCGACACCACGACUCUCAGGCCGCUCACCUUCAAUGGCUCGAGCUCGGUGAACAUCCCUCGAGGUCAGGUAGUUUAUACGGACCCCAUCGACGUGAAGAUAGCACCGCAGUCAAUGAUCACAGUGACCCUCUACUCUCAAGCCGGCCAGUCAGGCACAAGUAUCACAGGCCAUCCCGGCAGCCGUACAACGUCAUGGAUGCAACAAGGGAACCACGUCAACGCCUCCACCGUGACCGGCGCAAGCACAGCGCACUGGUACUUCCUCACGGCCGUCGAGGCCUGGGCUCCCAAGUCAACCGUAGCCUUGGUGAUCCUCGGCGAUAGCAUCACAGAUGGACGUGGUAGCAUAGACAACAAGAAUAACCGAUGGCCCGAUCUCCUUCUCGCGCGGAUGCAGAAAGAGAAUAUCACUCACAUCGCCGUAGUGAACCAAGCAGCAGGCGGCAACACAGUGCUAACAGGUGGUCUCGGACCACCGCUGCUCCAACGCUACAAGCGCGACCUACUCUCAACAGCAGGCGUUAAAUACGGGCUAAUCUUCGAGGGGGUAAACGACAUCGGCGGCGCGUCCGCAGACUCAGGCACACAGUCGCGGAUUAGUAGCGGUCUACAGUCCGCCUUCAAGACGAUAUCGACAGAGGCCAAGACGGCAGGGAUAACGAUGUUCGGGGCGACGAUCACGCCGUUCGGGGGCAGCGGGCAGGCAUACAGCAACCCGACGCGCGACGCGGCGCGACAGACGGUGAAUAAAUGGAUCUUGGCCGGCGGCGACGGGAGUUAUGCCGCCUCGAUCGAUUUCGCUAAAUUCCUCGCGAACCCGUCGACGCCGGCAAAUCUCGCCUCGGCAUAUGAUGGGGGUGAUCACUUACAUCCUAAUGUGGCGGGUUAUCAGGCUAUUGCGGAUCAGUUUCCUCUCGCUAUUUUUACACAGUUUUGAGAAUGUGAGGAAGAGUGUAAUGAUCAUGUUCGG